CCGCUUUCGGUUGGCAGGGAUGCCCAUGGCGACAGGCGCGUGAUUUUCCUUGGGGAGCCGACGGACACUUUCGGGAAUGAGAUUUUUGAGUAUAUGGUAGCAGCGCCGGCGAACGGUAGGCCUCUUCGGCGCUGCGUGUUUUUCCUUUGUUGUCUGUGCAGGACGUCUUAGUGGCGCGGGGAAAUUCGGGAGAGGUCUAGCAGCCGGCAGCGAUGGCGGAUCAGAACGAACGCGCCUUUCAAAAGCAACCCAAGGUCUUUCUCGCAGGUAAGCGAGACAAAAGCAAGGGUCCCGGGAAGGGAGGCAACAGGUACUGGAAGAAUGUCGGGCUUGGGUUCAAGACCCCGCGGGAGGCCAUUGAAGGGACGUACAUCGACAAGAAAUGUCCCUUCACAGGCACAGUAUCUAUUCGCGGGAGAAUUUUGACAGGCACUGUGUACAGGGCGAAAAUGACGAGAACGAUCACAGUGCGGCGAGACUAUUUGCACUUUGUCAAGAAGUAUCAGAGGUACGAGAAGCGGCAUUCGAAUUUGUCUGCGCACAUAUCUCCCUGCUUCCGUGCCAAGGAGGGGGAUAAGGUUGUCAUUGGAGAGUGCAGGCCUCUCUCGAAGACCGUGCGUUUCAACGUGUUGAAGGUUAUUCCAAUGGGCACGUCUGAGCUUGGAAAGAAGGCUUUCACUGGAAACUAAGUAGUCAAAGAGAGGGAGUGGUUAUUCCAAUGGGGACGUCUGAGCUUGGAAAGAAUGCAUUUCACUGGAGAGACUAAGUAGUCAAAGAGGGAGCGACGGCACGAACGUAGGGCGGUUGGGAGUGGCGGCAGGAAAGGAGGGCGGUUUCCUUGGCGAGAUACGUGAAAUAGAAGGGGAAUAUGGAGGUGGUGGAUAAACGGCUCGCACGUGGAUUCCAUUCACAGUGACAUUUUUGUUUUCUCAAUGUAUCACACUCGUACGACAUUUGUCCCUUGUUGUCUCACCAACGUGUCAAAGCUGGUUGAUUUGGUCUGAGCACACGGUGAUGUCACCUUGUGGAAGUGUUGGACUGUGAUCUGUAUUGUUGUGCACGGAAGUUCACUGCGUUAUUAAGUGAAGCUUUUGGAUUUUCACUUCGAUUGUGCGAAUGUCAUGUUUUUUUCUUUUGUCAGUAUAUAAUUGUUGCCUUCCUUUCAUGGCUAUUGUCUGUUCUUUUUUCUGUCCUCCCCGUCUGCUCUGCCACUCCUUCCCUUCAUUCCUUUCACUUAACGUUUUUUGUAGUUUGUGCUCCUUUUCUGUCUCUCGCUCGGAUUCUUUUUUUUCUAUACUCCGUCUUCUGUCUACCCAUACACUACUCUCUCCUCUUGUCCUUGUCUUUCCCGUCGUUCCUUUUAUCGAUUAUCCAUUUCGUCUUUUUAUAACCCUUCGAUCCUUUCUUGCCUCAUUUCGUGCCCUUUUAUUACUGAUCUUCCUUGGCUACGGUCUCAUUCUUUUCCCGGCCCUUUGUUUUCGUUUCCCCUCGCAUAUCCCUUAAUGUGUGUACUGGCAGUCGUAUCACCAUCCUGUUGUACGUCUUCCUCGUAUCUGGUCAUAUCUGUGGUUGUGUGUUUCCAAUUUCACGAAAAGAUGCAGUCGCCCGCUCCCUCGCCUGUGCAUGAAUGUGGAUACUAUGUAGUUAGGACGGCACCAAUCUUCUUUUUUUUUUUUUUUUUUUUUUUGGGACGGCACCAAUCUGUUCUCCUGGAGCGCUCAUCAUUCCACUAUCCAAUAGAACGCAAUACCGCUCCUGGGUGUUUAUUUCUGCUCUGGGUCGACUUUCAGUCGUGGAGACUGAUAACAACUGUGCGCUGUGCAUGAAUGUGCAUACUAUGUAGUUAGGACGGCACCUAUCUUUCUUUUUUUUGUUUUUUUGUUUGGGACGGCACCGAUCUGUUCUCCUGGAGCGCUCAUCAUUCCACUGUCCGAAAAAACGCAAUACCGCUCCUGGGUGUUUAUUUCUGCUCUGGGUCGACUUUCAGUCGUGGAGACUGAUAACAGCUGUGCGCUCGGUUUCGUCGGAGUUUCACCGACUGACUCAUCGGGAGGCUAAACCCACAACAGUCUGCAGAAUCCCCUAACUGAUUGCACGUUUUAAGUGAUAAUCCACCUUAACACCGGUUGUUGGGGUUAAGCAUCAUCAGCAACAUCCCGACAAUUGACACUUCUCUGAGGAGGGGACCACCAACCACUGCCCUCAAGGUACCUGUGACGAAAAUGAAAGCAGACUACCACACUAACCCACAGCCGUUGGAAAACUCUACAGACUGUCGGUUCACACCCCAUCACAAGCAAGCAAAACGCCCUGGAACAAAGACAGGUGUGUCACAGCCAGAAACUACACUCCAGACACGCUGCUGGCAUCAGAGGUACAGCAUGGCCGCGUAGUUUUGUUUUUUCCGUACAGGCAAAUACUCUCAAGCCCAACCAAUUGAAGUACCUGUCAAAUCGGUCAGGACGGUCUUUCAGGCUUUUUCUUCACUUAUCAUCACAGUACGAGGGGGAAGCCCGUAGCAUUCCACCCCGAGUUAAAGCCAAAAAAAUAAAACAAAAGAAAAAACAUGCU